AGAUCAGUCAAUAAUAACAAUGUAUAACAAAAAACGAAGCCAUCUCCACACAGUCUACAGCUUACAAAUUAUUAUCACACUAUGGAUUUUUAUGGAAUGUAAGGCGCAAAAUGAAAAUCUAUCAAAAUUCUUCGGUUAUGCUACGAAUAUCUCAAAAUAUUACUGCGAUAUUGCGUGCGGAAAAUCAAGAUUUGCAUUGGCAAAUGCGUUACAAACAUAUUGUAAAUUCAAGUGUCCUAAUUCAAGUUUUGCCAAUGUUCAAUCAAUCAAUAACCAGAAUACAACUUCACAGCCACUGACAAGUGAUAGUUCGACAACAGGUUUCAACUUAUUGCCAUCCAUUCCCGGUAUUCCUAAUUUACCGGGAUUUUCUAUCAUAAAUUCACCAUCAAUCACUCGUCCAGAAACUGUGAAUACUCCACCUACAGUACCUCCAGGAAACACGCUGCCCGCUCCCACUGCUGCUUCCGCAAACAGUCCUUCUGUUUCCACUCCUCUUUCUAGUCCGGCACCCAUGGCUACUCAGCCAGCAGUUCUAUCUGGUGGGGAAACGGCUGGCACUACUGUUGCGCCAACUGUUCCUGCUGCCUAGAACAAUACAGAAAUAUCAAUGUAGUCAGUUAAUUUGUAGCAAAGAUUAGUUUGUAAAGAAAAAUGAAUAAUCGAUUAUUGGACAAAAAAUUAAAUAUGUAAAAAUUAAACAUUUAGAAAUAGUCAUUAUAAUACAAUAUUUACUUAGAAAAUUUGUA